AUGUCAAAUAUUAAACGUCCUAGAGAUGAGGCCUCUAUUGAAUCUUUAAGAAGUAUUUUAGGCGACGUUUCUAUAAACGUUCUUGAAAACCUUUUACAUCGCUCUAACAAUAAUGUUGAAUUAGCUAUCAAUCUCUAUUUUACAGAGCCUCAACAACAACAGCAAUCUUCUUCAACAAAUACUUUAUUGACUACAAAACCAAGUAAACCAAAAGAAUUAAAAUAUUAUAUUGGUGACCUAGUCAUAACAGGUUGGUCAUUAUAUAAAGGGAAAAGUCCAGUAAAAGAAGGAGAUGUGAUUACAAUUGUUAGAGAUAAUACAGCUGGUUUAGGGAAAAAAAAUGGGAAUCAGAUUGUUCGUUUUACAGCUAAUGGAAGAGAAUUAGGUCGAUUACCUAGAGAUGUAGCCAAUUACAUGUCGAUCCUGUUAGAUCAACAACUUUGUCUUUUUGAAGGUACUAUCGUCUGGUGUCCUCCAAUAUUACAAAUUGGUGAAGAUAUGAUUCUAUUGAUCAAAUGUUAUCUAUUACCUACGGCUAUGCAAAGUAUGAAUUCUCCCACAACUCAAACAAAAAAGUUAAAGCAAAAAAAUAGCACUACAAUUCAUGAUAUAUCCCAAUCGAGGAAAUUAGCCCUACUACGAAUGUUUCGACAAUUAGGAUUAAAGCCUGUACGUUCUUCUAUUCAAAGAAUAAAUGUAGUAGGAGAGGAAGAUUCUCGAAAUUUACUUUUGCAGACAUUAACUGCAAAAGAGAGUGAGGAUAAGUUAUCUUCUACUACUAGUCAUAAUGAAGGUAUAAUGGAAGAUGAUGAAGAAGAGGAAAAAGAAGUAACUGACGACCAAUUGGAUACAAUUUAUGAAAAGGCUCAAGUAUUUGAUUCACAAAUAAAACCUGCAGAUCAACCAGCUACAAUGGCAAUUGAAUUGAAAGAAUAUCAGAAAAGAGCAUUAGCUUGGAUGAUAGCAAAAGAAUCAUAUGAUCUUGAUGACAAUGAUAUUGAUAUGAGAUCAAUGCAUCCAUUAUGGGAGGAAUAUAAUUUUCCAGGCGAUUUUGCUGAUGAGCAUAGAUUCUUUUAUUUUAAUCCAUAUAGUGGCGAAAUAAGUCUAGAGUUUCCUGAAGCAAAUAAACAAGAAAGAGGUGGCAUUUUAGCUGAUGAAAUGGGACUUGGUAAAACGAUAGAAAUAUUGAGUUUAAUUCAUACAAAUAGAUAUAGGCAUGACAAUUCUCAGAAACUAUCAACUAUGACUUUACGUAGUAAAAAGUCACCUACAACACUUAUCGUAUGUCCUAUGUCAUUAUUAGCACAAUGGCGUGAUGAAAUUCUACGUGCAUCUAAACCAAAGACAAUUACAGUCGAAUUAUUUUAUGGAGAUGAUCGUUCUAAUUAUACUUCUACUCAACGUCUUUGUCAUUGGGAUGGUACAGCACCCGAUAUCUUAAUUACAACUUAUGGUGUAUUAAUAUCAGAAUGGACAAAAUCAAAGGAAAACGCAAUUUAUAAUUCUCCUAUCUUUGGAAUUGAGUUCUGGCGUGUUGUAUUGGAUGAGGCACAUCAAAUUAAAAACAGACAAAGUAAAGCCUCUCAAGCUUGUCGUGAUGUGAAUGCAAUACGACGUUGGGCUGUUACAGGCACACCUAUUCAAAAUAAAUUGGAUGAUCUCUUUAGUCUUGUCCGAUUUCUUCGUCAUGAACCAUGGGCAAACCAUACCUUCUGGAACACGUUCAUCACCGUGCCUUUUGAAAAAAAAGAUACUCGAGCUUUAACUGCUGUGCAAACUGUAUUAGAACCUAUUGUCUUAAGAAGAACAAAAGCUAUGCGAGAUAGCCAUGGCGAACUCAUGGUUCCUUUACCUCCUAAAACUGUCCAUAUCGAAUAUUUAUCAUUUUCUCGAGAGGAACAAGAUAUCUAUGAUGCUAUCUAUAAUGAUUCACAAAUCAAAUUUUCCUAUUUCUGUGAAGCAGGAAAAUUAGGUAAAAAUUAUGCCUCCAUUUUUCAACUCUUGACGCGUUUAAGGCAAAUAUGCUGUCAUCCUUACCUUGCACUUCAAAGUAAAGAAGCAUUAAAGGAAGAAAUUAAGGCUUCUAAUGGAAAAGGUAUAAAGUUAGAAAAGUUGAUUGCAAGUAAAAGUUUAGAAGACUUUAGUCAAGGAACAGUUUCUUCAGAAGGUAGCAGUAGUUAUGGACUUAGUAUUUUGCAGAACAUGCUUGCUUUAGAGCAAUAUGGAUCGAGUCAUUAUUCUCAAAGUCAGAAAUCGAAUACUAGCAUGUCAAUAGAUGCACCUUUAACAGAAGAAAGAACUUUACCUAUUGAUAAUGAAUGUCCCAUUUGCUUUGAGACAUUAGAUACUAUGAUUGGUAUGCCGUGUAUGCAUUUUGCUUGUAGGCCAUGUGUUAUGGAUUACUUUCAGAAAAAAGAGAAUGAAGGAAUGCCAGGUGAAUGUCCUAUUUGUAGAUAUGGACCUAUUUCUCAAAGUGAAUUACUUGAAUUUGCCCAACAAAAGGUGUCAGAGGAUGAUCAACAAGAAAUCGAUAACAAGGAUGCUAAAUCAACAAAUGAUAAUCACCUUAUUACUUCUAAGAAGCCCACAACAAGCGGUAUAAAAUUUGAAAUUCAAAGAGUUGUAGGUGGCUUUAAACCAUCGACUAAGAUGAACGCAUUAACCAAACACUUGAAGCAAAACAUGAAGGAAAAUCAUAAAACCGUUGUAUUCUCACAAUUUACUGGUUUUCUUGAUUUAAUAGAAGAAGGGUUAAACUAUGAAUCAAUUCCAUUUACAAGAUUAGAUGGUACACAAGCACAAGCACAACGUGAGAAGGUCCUAAAGGAGUUCACAAAACCUGAUGGUAUUGAUGUUUUAUUAAUCAGUUUAAGAGCAGGUGGUGUUGGGUUAAAUUUAACCUGUGCAAAUCGUGUAAUUAUGAUGGAUCCUUGGUGGAAUUUUGCAAUUGAAUCACAAGCCAUUGAUCGAGUGCAUCGAUUAGGACAAUCCAAGGAUGUUGUAGUUACACGCUUUAUUAUGCGAGACACAGUGGAAGAAAGGAUUUUAGAAAUUCAAAAUAGAAAACAUGUACUUGUAAAUGAGUUAUAUAUGUCCAGAGAUGAAAACAAAAGUAGAAGACUCGAUGAUUUACAACUACUUUUCGGUAGAAAGUAA